AUGGUAGAUAAAGUGAUUGAAGGCCUAACAAUAGAGAAAGGGAGGUUUUUUUUCGAGGCAGGAGAAAAAACUAGUUCAAUUCUUGAAGUACUGUCAUCAUCAACAUUGUCAAAGAGCACUAAUAAUAGUAGUAACGAGGUCGAGUAUCUACCUUUUAAUGAUUCAUGUGUUAUAAAGCUAUCGAGUUCGAGGGAUCCUUAUGGGAGUUUCAAGAAAUCAAUGGUAAAAAUGGUUGAAGCAAAUCAAGGGAUUAAAGAUUGGGAUGAGUUUCUUGAAGAGAUGUUGGCUUGGUAUUUGGAGGUUAAUGAGAAAAAAAUUCAUAAGUAUAUUAUUGGUGCAUUUUGUGAUUUGUGGAUUAGCUAUUCAUUUACUUCAACAACAAAUACUCCAAAUUCAUUUUCAUUUAGCUCAUGUGAACCUAAGGCUGAGAUUUCAACAACACCAACAUCCAAUGUAAUUUCAUAA